CCUCCGCCACAGCACACACGACCUGCACGUGGACCGCACACAAAAUCAGCUGAUCGUUACGAAAUUGUCUCGAACGUUCGUAAGGACGUUUGUUUGUUUUUUUAAGGAAACUAGUUAUGCUAUAAUAGACGUUAAAAGAAAAUGAUAACGAGUAUAAAGUGCAUAUUUUUUAUUGGGAUUACCGCAUUACUCAUAACCGUAUCGGAAAGUCAGCCGAAGCCAGCUCGCCUCAUCCCGGAGAAGAAGCCGCAAUCGAUUCGGGAUGUGUUCAAUACGUCAUCCUGCAUCCCGCCCCCGUACCGGUGUCCACAUCCAAGGAUGCAGUACUUUUUAUACACCAGAACAACUCAAGAAAAAGGUGAACUACUAAACACACUGGACAACGACUCUCUCACGAGGUCCAAGUUCAACCCGAUCCACCCAACGAAGAUCGUCGUCCACGGGUUUGGAGGGGGGAGGAACCUGUCCCCAAGCACUGAUAUGAGAAAAGCGUACUUCACCAAGGGCAAUUACAAUAUAAUUAUAGUGGAUUACGGGAGUUUGGUUAAGGAGCCAUGUUUGAGCCAGGUAGACUGGGCACCGCGGUUUGCGGGCCUAUGCAUAGCGCAGCUAGUGGAGUACCUCCAGUACCACCCUAUCAAGCCGUUUCCUCCUGAACAACUGCACACCAUCGGAUACAGCGUGGGAGCGCAUAUACUGGGUCUCGUCGCUAACCACAUCACUGACGGCAAGCUCGGACGAAUCACUGGCCUCGAUCCAACGAUCUUGUUCUAUAUGGGCAACAACCGGUCCCGAGAUUUGGACCACACAGAUGCCCUGUUCGUGGACAUACUACACACAGGAGCCGGCAUCCUGGGGCAAUGGGGACCUAAUGGCCAUGCUGAUUUCUACGUCAAUGGCGGGUCUAGCCAACCAGGGUGUGCACACGAUACGAUAUUCCAGACCCUGUCAUGUGACCAUACAAAAGUGACGCCAUACUUCAUAGAGUCGAUCAACAGUCGCGAGGGCUUCUGGGCAGGCCCUUGUCCCAGCCUUUUCUCCUAUCUCAUUGGUUGGUGCGAGCCUAAAGACUCCGAAUAUGUUCUCAUGGGAGAACAUGUAUCACAUAAAGCUCGAGGUGUGUACUACGUUACAACGAACGCAAAACCUCCAUAUGCCAGAGGCUUCCCUGGAAAAACCAGACGGCUCAGAUCGAUCACCCCGUAUAGCUGAUCAAGGGAAAACUAGAAAAUAAAGUGAAUAAUAAAAGAGAGUAGACAGUUGAUAGUUCCAACUAUGUAAUAAUGCCAUUCAUUCACAAAGAUGACCAACGGCCAAAUUACAGAUAAAUAAGUUUAAAAAAAUAUAUAU